AUGUUCAACCUGUCCACCAGAUCCGCAACGGCCUGGCGGUCGCUUCAGCGGCUGGCCGCAGGCAUGGCCACCGUUUCCGAGGGCAACAUUGGUGCGACCAAGGUCGCCAUGUCUCUCCUCGAGCCCAAUGCAUACAUCAACUACCAGCGCAUCGAGGAUAACCUCUCUGUUGUCCGCGAUAGACUCAAGCGACCAUUGACGUUGUCGGAAAAGAUUGUGUACGGUCACCUUGAUGACCCAGUAAAUCAGGAUCUUGUCCGAGGGACAAGCUAUCUGAAGCUCCGCCCUGACCGAGUUGCGUGCCAGGACGCGACUGCUCAGAUGGCUAUUCUCCAAUUCAUGUCGGCCGGCAUGGACACUGCUGCUGUACCCACCACGGUUCACUGCGACCAUCUUAUCGAGGCUCAGGUUGGCGGUGUCAAAGAUUUGGCACGCGCGAUCAACACCAACAAGGAGGUCUACGACUUCCUUGCCACAGCUACCGCUAAGUACGGUCUCGGUUUCUGGAAACCCGGCUCUGGUAUCAUCCAUCAAAUCAUCUUAGAGAACUACGCGUUCCCUGGAGGUCUGAUGAUCGGUACCGACUCGCACACUCCCAAUGCCGGUGGACUUGGUAUGGUUGCGUGCGGUGUAGGCGGUGCUGACGCUGUCGACGUUAUGGCUGAUCUGCCCUGGGAGUUGAAGUGCCCUAAUGUCAUCGGCGUUAACUUAACUGGUAAAAUUAGUGGUUGGACGACACCCAAGGACGUUAUCCUUAAGGUUGCCGGUAUCUUGACGGUCAAGGGUGGCACUGGCGCUAUCGUUGAGUACAAGGGUCCCGGUGUCGAGUCUCUGUCUUGCACCGGUAUGGCGACGAUCUGCAACAUGGGUGCUGAAAUUGGCGCGACGACUUCUCUCUUCCCCUUCAACCAUCGCAUGGCCAGCUACCUGGACGCGACCAAGCGCAGUGACAUUGCAUCCUACGCUCAGAAGUUCGCGCACAACCUGCGUGCAGACGAGGGUGCAGAGUACGACCAGGUCAUUGACAUCAACUUGUCCGAGCUCGAGCCCCACAUCAAUGGUCCUUUCACUCCUGAUCUCGCUACGCCCAUCUCCAAGUUCAAGAGCGCGGUCGAGAAGAAUGGCUGGCCCGCUGAACUCAAGGUUGCGCUGAUCGGGUCCUGCACUAACUCGUCGUAUGAAGACAUGUCCCGUGCCGCUUCGAUCGCGCGUGAGGCGGCUUCGCACGGUUUGGAGACGAAGAGCAAGUUCACUGUUACCCCCGGUUCCGAGCAAGUCCGUGCUACUAUAGAGCGCGACGGUCAGAUUGGUGCAUUCGAGGAUGUCGGCGGUCUCCUUCUGGCCAACGCCUGCGGUCCUUGCAUCGGUCAGUGGGACAGACGUGACGUGAAGAAGGGCGAGGUUAACUCGAUCCUUACCUCGUACAACCGUAACUUCACCGGCCGUAAUGACGCGAACCCCGCUACACACGCAUUCGUUGCCUCCCCUGACAUUGUCACCGCCCUUGCGUUUGCCGGCGACCUCCGCUUCAACCCCCUCACAGACUCCCUAACCGGCUCUGACGGCAAGCCCUUCAAGUUCUCCGACCCCACUGGCAACGAGCUUCCCCCGAAGGGUUACGACCCCGGACAAGACACCUUCCAGCCCCCGCCCUCGGACCGUGUUAGCGUUCAGGUUGCUGUCGACACCGAGAGCGACCGUCUGCAACUGUUGAAGCCUUUCGCACCCUGGGACGGUAAGAACCCUGAAGACCUCCCGAUCCUCAUCAAGGUUAAGGGCAAAUGCACCACGGAUCACAUCUCUGCUGGCGGACCUUGGCUCAAGUACCGUGGACAUCUCGAGAACAUCUCACAAAACUGCUUGAUCGGCGCUAUCAACGCUGAGAAUGGCGAGGCUAACAAGGUCAAGAACCAGAUCACCGGCGAAUACGGCGGCGUUCCGCAGACCGCCGCAUACUACCGAGAUCAUGGCAUCAAGUGGGUCGUCAUCGGCGAUUCCAACUACGGUGAGGGCUCCUCGCGUGAGCACGCUGCGCUCGAGCCCCGCUUCCUCGGCGGUCUUGCUGUCAUCACCCGGUCUUUCGCCCGUAUCCACGAGACGAACUUGAAGAAGCAGGGCAUGCUCGCACUCACGUUCGUCAACGCCGCCGACUACGACAAGGUCCGGCCCACCGAUAAGGUUGCCAUCCUCGGCUUGGAGAGCUUCGCGCCUGGCAAGAACUUGACCCUCGUUCUUAAACACGAGGACGGCUCCAAGGAGGAAAUUGCGCUCGCGCACAGCUUUAACGAGGGUCAGAUCGGCUGGUUCAAGGCUGGCUCUGCUCUCAACUUGAUGGCGGCCAAGGCUAAGGGACAAUAA